AUGAGGAAGGAAGAAAUGGCCUUAGAAGAAAUGGUGCAGAGAUUAAAUGCGGUUUCCAAGCACACUGAUGAAAUCAUGCACCAGGACAUAGUUCCGCUCUGUGCUGCUGACAUUAAAGACCAGCUGAAGAAGCGCUUUGCAUACCUGUCUGGUGGACGUGGACAAGAUGGAUGUCCUGUUAUCACCUUUCCAGACUACCCGGCUUUCAGCGACAUCCCAGACAAGGAGUUCCAGAAUGUCAUGACCUAUCUGACUAGCAUUCCCAGUUUACAAGAUGCUGGGAUUGGCUUUAUCCUUGUCAUAGAUCGAAGACAGGACAAAUGGACCUCAGUGAAGGCUUCGGUCCUGCGGAUAGCAGCAUCUUUUCCAGCAAACCUACAGCUUGUCCUUGUUCUGCGUCCGACAGGGUUCUUCCAGCGGACCCUCUCCGACAUCGCUUUCAAAUUCAAUAGAGAUGACUUUAAAAUGAAGGUACCUAUCAUAAUGCUGAGCUCGGUACCAGAAUUACAUGGUUACAUUGAUAAAUCACAGCUGACGGAGGACCUUGGCGGAACCCUGGAUUAUUGCCACACCAAGUGGUUGUGUCACCGCACGGCUAUCGAAAGCUUCGCCCUCAUGGUUAAACAGACAGCUCAGAUACUCCAGGCCUUUGGGACCGAAUUGGCCGAAACAGAACUGCCCAAUGACGUACAGUCCACAAGCUCAAUCUUGUCCACUCACACUGAAAAGAAGGACAAGAUGAAGGAAGACAUGAAGUUAGCGCUGCAAGAGGGGCACACCAUCCUUGAGAGCAUCAGGGAGCCUCUGGCCAAGAACCCAGAGUACAGCCUGAAUCAAGACCAGCUUGACAAUCAGACCACAGUGCAGAGGCUCCUUGCCCAGUUGAAUGAAACCGAGGCUGCCUUUGAUGAGUUUUGGACAAAGCAUCAGCAAAAACUCGAACAGUGUCUGCAGCUCCGGCAUUUUGAGCAGAAUUUUCGUGAGGUCAAAGCUGCCUUAGAUGUCGUGUCCCGGAAGAUCCUGACCUUCACAGAUGUGGGCAACAGCCUGGCACAUGUAGAACACCUCUUGAAAGACCUUGCUAACUUUGAGGAGAAAUGCAAUGCGUCCGUGGAAAAGGCCCGAGCCCUGUCCUUAGAGGGCACCCAACUUAUUGAGAACAAGCAUUACGCUGUGGACUCGAUCCACCCCAAGUGCAGCGAGCUCCAGCACCUGUGUGACCAGUUUGCUGCGGAAAUUGGGAAGAGGCGGAAUCUGCUCAACAAGUCCCUGGAACUACACGGCCUCCUAGAGACGUCCAUGAAAUGGUGUGACGAGGGAAUUUACCUGCUGGCUUCGCAGCCUGUGGACAAAUGCCAGUCACAGGAUGGCGCUGAGGCAGCCCUUCAGGAAAUUGAGAAGUUUUUGGAGACUGGUGCAGAAAAUAAAAUCCAGGAACUAAGUAAAAUUUAUAAGGAAUAUGAAUCCAUCCUCAACCAAGACCUAAUGGAACAUGUGCAAAAGGUCUUCCAGAAACAAGAUAGCAUGGAGGAGAUGUUCCACAGGAGACAGGUGAGCCUGAAGAAGCUAGCAGCCAAGCAGACUCGACCAGUGCAGCCUGUGGCCCCCAGACCGGAGGCAUUUACCAAGUCUCCCUGCCCCUCCCCAGGCAUUCGGAGAGGUUCGGAGAACUCUUCCGGUUCUGAAGGCAAUGUGCUCCGAAGAGUCAACUACAGAAGAGCUAAGAGUGAAAUGAGUGAGAGCCAGCAGGCCAGGAGCGGCUCCACAGGGGAUGAAGAAGAAAGCUUGGCCAUUUUACGAAGACACGUGAUGAAUGAACUGCUGGAGACGGAACGGGUGUACGUGGAGGAGCUCCUCUGUGUCCUGGAGGGUUAUGCUGCGGAGAUGGACAAUCCUCUAAUGACGCAUCUCAUUUCAACAAGCCUUCAAAAAAAGAAAGAUGUCUUAUUUGGAAAUAUGGAAGAAAUCUAUCACUUCCAUAACAGAAUAUUCCUGAGAGAACUGGAAAAUUAUAUAGACUGCCCAGAAUUGGUUGGACGAUGUUUUCUAGAAAGGAUGGAAGACUUUCAGAUUUAUGAGAAGUAUUGUCAAAACAAACCUCGAUCUGAGAGCCUCUGGCGACAGUGUUCCGACUGUCCCUUUUUCCAGGAAUGCCAGAAGAAACUGGACCACAAGCUGAGCCUGGACUCUUACUUGCUGAAACCCGUUCAGAGGAUCACCAAGUAUCAGCUGUUACUCAAGGAAAUGUUGAAAUACAGCAAGAACUGUGAAGGCGCUGAGGACCUGCAGGAGGCGCUGAGCUCCAUCCUCGGCAUCCUCAAGGCUGUCAACGACUCCAUGCACUUAAUCGCCAUUACAGGCUACGACGGGAAUCUGAAUGACCUGGGCAAGCUGCUGAUGCAGGGCUCCUUCAGCGUCUGGACUGACCACAAGAAGGGUCACAGCAAGGUGAAGGACUUGGCCAGGUUCAAGCCGAUGCAACGGCACCUCUUCCUACAUGAGAAAGCAGUGCUCUUCUGUAAGAAGAGGGAGGAAAAUGGAGAGGGGUAUGAGAAAGCCCCUUCCUACAGCUACAAACAAUCCUUAAAUAUGACUGCUGUUGGCAUAACAGAGAAUGUGAAGGGAGACAGUAAGAAAUUUGAGAUCUGGUAUAACGCAAGAGAAGAAGUUUACAUCAUACAGGCACCAACUCCUGAGAUAAAAGCAGCGUGGGUAAAUGAGAUCCGGAAAGUGCUGACAAGUCAGCUGCAGGCUUGUAGAGAAGCCAGUCAGCACAGAGCAUUGGAGCAGUCUCAGAGUCUGCCUCUGCCUGCAUCUAACACAAGCCCCUCCAAAGGAAAUACAAAGGCUAUCAAAAAGUCGGAAGAAAGAAAAACUGACUCUCUAAGCCUGGAAGGAUAUGUGAGCCCAACGUCAUUGCCAAAGCCCCCAGAAAAGGGCAAAGAUGACUCAGUCACUAGUUCUACCUCAGAAAGUUCUGCGCUUUCCAAAAAGCGCUUUACCCUGCAGGGCUUUGCUAACCUCAAAGGUCAGAAAGCUUCUCCUACCAGUCCUGACAAAAAAGCUAAGCGACACGAAGUAAGGAGCGAUCCAACGCCCUUUGGUUUAAGAGGUUGGAGCAAAGCAUCUCACUCGUUGGAGGCCUCUGAAGACAACGAUGGCUGGUCAAGUGCGGAGGAGCCGAUUAAUUCAUCCGAUGCGGAGGAAGAAGGGGGUCCUGGUCCCAAGAAACUGGUUCCGGGUAAAUACACAGUUGUGGCUGAUCAGGAACCAGCAGGCCCCGAGGCCCUUGCAGUGAAGAGCGGGGACUUGGUAGAGGUUUUACAUGAAGCCAACGAGGGGCUAUGGUAUGUUAGGAACCUGACCACCAGUAAAGAGGGGUGGGUGCCGGCCAGCAGCCUGUCAACACUCAUCGGCAAAUCCAAAUCAGCCCAGUGCCUGAGCAGUUCAGAGUCAGGCACGGGCUCUGCCUUGCUGAGCAACUCCUCCAGCUGUAGUGAAAGUUGCAAUAUCACCUUGUCAGACCUCAAAGGUUAG